UAAAUUUAUCUGUUCAUAUUUGCUCUUCUUCCCACUACGCCUUCCCCAUCGAUAUGUCUAACCGCUCAAUUCCCGACACUACCGAACGAAGCGGCCGCUCACGUCCAAAUACCGUGCCUUCUGCGGAAGACCCACUCUCAGCAAAUCCCGAGUCGAGAUACCGCCCAGUAACGGCGCGUACCACCAUCUUGCGAGCCUCCUCGCGUGUCAGAUCGGCCUCGGUGACUAGAUCGGCCUCAGUUGAGCGCCCUGAAUUGCACCGAAUCGGCAGUGUGGCUGGUGGGGGCCGCACACGUUCGUCUCUCGGUGGAGAUGCCCCCGCCGGGUUUGCAUUUUUGGGGAGCAACUAUGAACGAAUUGAGAACCUCCAGGAUAUGAGGCCGCGCGAUUUGGUUGGCGAGUACAAACGGGUGAGCUGGAACGACUUUGCGGUAUCCCAGCGCGAGUUGAAGGCAUGCAAGAACAAGCUUGUGCGCGAGUUCUACGACGACCAGAACGAGCUAAUCGAGCGGUACGAGGAGAUUGACGCGCUAUUGGACUCGGGGAUCACGUUGACGAUGUUACAUAACUACGGUAGUGAUAUUGAUACGCCUACAAUGGUGCGUGAGGCGUCAUCAAGCGUGGUGGACGAUGUCGGUGAUAGACAGACGUCCGGCCUGUACCAGUAUGACACAAUACUCAGUCGGGCCGGAGCUCCCGGGAACAUCGACAUUGAGGGAGGGACAUUGCUUGGAUACAACAAAGAGAAUGACGAUUCAGUUGUGGCGUAUGCCAUCAUGGUCAACUUUGUGGUGAACUUUGCAUUGCUUCUUGGAAAGGUUGCUGUAGCGGUCAUGACCUCCUCCAUCUCCAUCAUUGCCUCGUUAGUUGACUCUUUACUCGACUUUUUGUCCACCCUCAUCAUCUUUGUCUCCAAUAAGUUGUCCACCAAGCGUGACUGGAAGACCAAGCACUUGUACCCCGUUGGAAGAUCACGCUUGGAGCCUCUCGGGGUCUUGGUCUUUUCGAUCAUUAUUAUCAUUUCCUUCCUCCAGGUCGGCAACCUGGCACUUGGCAGGCUUCUCCAUGACAAAGACCACGUGGCAGUGGAGGUUGGCCUCUUCUCGUCCGUCAUCAUGGGGCUCACUAUCGUUGUCAAGCUCGGCUGCUGGGUUUGGUGUCGCUCCGUGAAGUCCUCCUCCGUGCAAGCGUUGGCUCAAGACGCCAUGACGGACAUUGUUUUCAACACUGUGUCGAUUUUAAUGCCCACCAUAGGUCACUUUUUUGGUAUCUGGUGGAUGGAUGCGGCUGGCGCCCUCGUCUUGUGCAUGUACGUGAUUGUCUCGUGGGCCCAGACCGCCUUCGGGCACAUCGACAACUUGACUGGUGCCGCAGCUGACAAGGCUGACCAGCAGGUCAUUUUGUAUCUCUGUUUACGCUUUGCCACCUCGAUUAAGCAGAUCACUGCGAUCAACAUCUACCACGUGGGCGAUGGUUUGAACGUGGAGGUGGACUUGGUCUUGGACCCAAACUCCAACUUGAAGGACGCCCAUGAUAUCGGUGAAGCAUUACAGUAUGCUAUUGAGACCUUGCCCAUGGUGGAGAGGGCGUUUGUUCAUUUAGAUUACCGAACCGGGAACUACGUCGGGCACUUGGCGUGAAAAAAGAUGUGGGAUUUCACAUUUGGGUCUAUACAUUUAGGCGGAGGACCAGAUAUUUCCGAUUGGUUCCAAGUUCCGAUAUAGUUGACACCAGUUGGCAGUCCACGGGUGAUAAAGUUUACGUUAGAAUUGAGUUAGACAACGGAUACUUGGCCAUUAUAGCUAAUAAACCCUUUGCUCUGGCUAAGGGUUCCACGAGUAGAUGAUAACUAGGUAAUAUAGUAUCAGAGUUUUCCCACCCCUGUGGAGCGUAGACCUAACCAAUUCGUAAAUUUCCAGUUAGUAUAUCG